AUGACACCAAGGUCUGGUGUGCGUGUUGAUGAUGAUGAGGUUGAUGGUGCUGGUGAUGAGAUUGGUGAUGUCAAUGAUAAUGAGGUUGAUGGUGUUGGUGAUAAGGUUGGUGGCGUCGAUGAUAAUGAGGUUGAUGGUGUUGGUGAUAAGGUUGGUGGCGUCAACACGAGUGUCCAGUGUGUUGACUUGAUGCUUGAAGUGAUCCCCGGACCGCAGUGGACUACUGCCUUCGGUUCUAUCUAUAUCCGGACCGCUAACCUGCUAUGGGCGCCUUCGGACGUCAGGUAG